UUUAGCGCGAGGCGGUUUAAAAAAAAAGAAAAAAAAAGAAAGCCUAUUUCUUCCGGUUGUAUUUUAAAACAGAGAGCUUGGUAUAUUAUGAGAAACACCAUAAAGAAGACAGUGACUGUGUGAGCGGUCUUCGUUUUUUCACAGCACAACCUUCGAAGUUCAAACGCGAAGAAAAGUCGCGUUCUUUGCGUCUAAUUGGUGGCCGUUCUCGCCCUCCGGCCAGUUCACCGAAGACGAGUUGAGAGAGAUAGGCAGAGAGCUAGGGUUUCGUUUGGAUAACCUGUCUUUUAUUUUUUUAUUUUUGGGCUUUUUGGUGAUUGGGGGAAUCAAUGGCGUGCGUGUACAUACCGGUUCAGAAUUCAGAGGAGGAAGUGAGGGUGGUUCUGGAUCAGCUCCCAAGGGAAGCUACUGAUAUCAUCGACAUUCUCAAAGCCGAGCAAGCCUCUCUCGAUCUCUGGCUCAUUAUCGCGAGAGAGUAUUUCAAACAAGGAAAACUUGAGCAGUUCCGCCAGAUUUUGGAGGAAGGGUCUGGCUCUGAGAUUGAUGAGUAUUAUGCUGAUGUUCGAUAUGAGAGGAUUGCGAUCUUGAAUGCUUUAGGGGCCUACUACACCUACCUCGGAAAAAUUGAGACCAAACAGAGAGAAAAGGAGGAGCAUUUCAUUCUAGCAACACAAUUUUACAACAAAGCAUCUAGAAUCGACAUUCAUGAGCCUUCUACUUGGGUUGGGAAAGGUCAGCUUUUAUUGGCUAAAGGUGAAGUUGAUCAAGCAUUUUCUGCAUUCAAAAUUGUAUUAGAUGGAGACCGGGACAACGUUCCUGCCCUUUUGGGUCAGGCAUGCGUUGAGUUCAACCGUGGGCAUUACUCGGAUUCAUUGGAGCUGUACAAGAGGGCCCUGCAAGUACAUCCCGAUUGUCCUGCUGCUGUAAGACUUGGCAUAGGUCUCUGUCGUUACAAAAUGGGUCAAUUUGAAAAAGCUCGGCAGGCCUUUCAACGGGUUUUACAGCUAGAUCCAGAAAAUGUUGAGGCUCUUGUUGCACUUGCGAUUAUGGAUUUGCAUGCAAAUACAGCUGCUGGAAUAAGGAGAGGAAUGGAAAAAAUGCAGAGAGCUUUUGAGAUAUACCCCUACUGCGCAAUGGCCUUGAAUUAUUUGGCAAACCAUUUUUUCUACACUGGUCAGCACUUUCUAGUUGAGCAACUAACUGAAACUGCACUUGCUGUCACCAACCAUGGACCGACAAAGUCACAUUCCUACUACAAUUUGGCACGAUCUUACCAUAGCAAGGGGGACUAUGAGAAGGCUGGAGUGUACUACAUGGCAUCUGUCAAGGAAAUCAGUAAACCCCUUGAGUUCGUAUUUCCUUAUUAUGGUUUGGGACAAGUACAACUGAAGAUGGGAGAUCUUAGAAGUGCACUAUCAAACUUUGAAAAGGUUUUGGAGGUGUACCCUGAUAAUUGUGACGCGUUGAAAGUCCUUGGGCACAUAUAUUUUCAGCUUGGACAGACUGAGAAGGCCUUGGAAUUUAUGAGGAAGGCUACAAAAAUUGACCCAUGUGAUUCCCAGGCAUUUCUUGACCUAGGAGAACUGUUAAUUUCAUCUGAUGGUGGAGCUGCUUUGGAUUGCCUAAAAACGGCACGUAAUCUUUUGAAAAAGGAAGGUGAAGAAGUACCAAUUGAAGUUCUUAACAAUCUUGGGGUUCUUCAUUUUGAGAGGGGUGAAUUUGAGUUUGCUCAGCAAACUUUCAGGGAGGCACUAGGUGAUGGAAUAUGGCUUGCCUUCAUUGAUGGUAAAGAAAACCCCCCAUCUAUUGAUGCUAAUGCAUCUAUUUCACAAUACAAGGACCUGCAUAUAUUUCAUCAACUUGAGAAAGAAGGUCACUUAGUCGAGUUACCCUGGAAUAAAGUCACAACACUAUUUAACCUGGCCAGAUUACUCGAGCAGUUGCAUAACAUUGAAACUGCAAGUAUAUUGUACCGUCUCAUUUUGUUUAAGUACCCAGACUAUGUAGAUGCUUAUCUGAGACUGGCUGCCCUUGCGAAAGCUCGAAAUAAUUUUCAACUAAGCAUUGAACUGGUUAAUGAUGCUCUGAAGGUGAAUAACAAGUGCCCAAAUGCACUAUUAAUGCUUGGUGACUUGGAAUUGAAAAAUGAUGACUGGGUUAAGGCAAAAGAAACCUUUAGGGCUGCAAGUGAAGCAACCGAGGGGAAGGAUUCCUAUGCCACUCUUUCUCUGGGCAACUGGAACUACUUUGCGGCAAUUCGCAAUGAGAAAAGAGCUCCUAAGUUGGAAGCUACGCAUUUAGAAAAAGCCAAAGAACUCUACACUAAAGUCCUAGCCCAACAUUCUGCUAAUUUGUAUGCUGCCAAUGGUGCUGGAGUGGUCUUUGCAGAGAAAGGUCACUUUGAUGUUUCAAAAGACAUUUUUACACAGGUUCAAGAAGCUGCUAGUGGGAACAUUUUUGUUCAGAUGCCAGAUGUGUGGAUAAACUUGGCACAUGUUUAUUUUGCUCAAGGCAAUUUUGCAUUGGCUGUGAAAAUGUACCAAAAUUGCUUGAGAAAGUUCUUUAAUAACACAGACUCUCAGAUUCUACUCUAUUUGGCUCGUACCCACUAUGAAGCUGAGCAGUGGCAAGACUGCAAAAAGAACUUGCUGCGAGCCAUUCAUCUGGCACCUUCAAAUUACACGCUGAGGUUUGAUGCAGGUGUUGUAAUGCAAAAGUUCUCAGCUUCAACCUUACAAAAGCCAAAGAAAUCCGUUGAUGAGGUGCGGUCAACAGUUGCAGAGCUAGAAAAUGCUGUGCGCUUAUUUAGACAGUUGUCUGCUGCUUCCAGCCUUCACUUUCAUGGGUUUGAUGAGAAAAAAAUUGACACCCAUGUUGAGUAUUGUAGUCACUUGCUUGAGGCUGCGAGAGUUCACUUCAAAGUAGCUGAGCAUGAGGAGCAGAAGAUUCGGCACAAACAAGAAGUUGCUCGUCAGAUGGCAUUGGCUGAGGAAGCCCGUCGUAAGGCUGAAGAACAGAGGAAAUUUCAGUUGGAGAGAAGAUUGCAAGAGGACGAACUGAAGCGAGUGAGACAACAGGAGGAACAGUUUGAGCGCAUCAAGGAGCAAUGGAAGAGCAGUACACCUGGUUCUAAGCGAAGGGAAAGAUCAGAAAUGGAUGAUGAGGAGGGCGGGAAUAGUGAAAAGAGAAGGAGAAAAGGUGGAAAAAGGAGAAAGAAGGACAAAUUCUCAAGGUCUCGUUACGACACAUUGGAAGCAGAAGCUGAUAUGAUGGAAGAUCAGGAAGAACUGGAAGAUGAAGAUGCCAACACGAAUUACAGGGAGCCUACCGGUCAGAUGAAUGAGCAGGAUGAUGAAGAGAAUGUUCAAGAUCCUCUUGCAGCAGCUGGGCUUGAAGAUUCUGAUGCCGAGGAUGAGGCUGCACCUUCAACAACCACACUUCGACGAAGGAGGGCAUGGUCAGAAUCUGAUGAUGAUGAGCAACAAGAGAGGCAGCCGGGGUCGAGUCCUGUAAGAGAAAAUUCUGCAGAGUUACAGAGUGAUGGAGAAGGCAGAGAAGGCGGUGAUAAAGUGAAUGGAGAGGCCGCUCUUGAUGAUGAUGAUUAAGACCCAUCAUCUUGAGCUCUACGGAAUCAGGAGUAAAUAUGUCUUGCAAUUUUGAACAAAUAAUAUAUUUAUAUGAAGGCAUGAGUUAUUCACUGAGGAUCACUACAUUGUUUAUAGUUUCCGUUUGUGAUCCCCAGAGUUCUGAGAAUUCUUUUCAUGUAUUCUGUAACUUUAAAAAAUAAAAAGAAAAAAGAAAAAAAUUCUAAUAGAAGCUUCAUUUCCUCAUUUCUAGUGCCGGCCCCCCCUUUCUCUUCUGGAAAACCUGGGCAUGUCCGGUGGGACUGAACCCCUAGUGAUU